UUUAACUUUAUAAACAGCUUUCCUCUUACCAUUAGGAGAACAUAUUGUGAUAUUGGUGUCUUAGAGCUAAAACUAUGAGUGAAUUUCGGAUUCACCACGAUGUCAACGAGCUGCUCAGCUUGCUGCGUGUCCACGGAGGAGAUGGGGCCGAGGUCUAUAUCGACCUGCUGCAGAAGAACAGGACCCCAUAUGUCACAACCACCGUCUCUGCUCACAGUGCCAAGGUUAAAAUCGCAGAGUUUUCUCGCACUCCGGAGGACUUCCUAAAGAAAUAUGAUGAACUGAAGUCUAAAAACACGAGGAACCUUGACCCGCUGGUGUACCUGUUAUCAAAGCUCACAGAAGACAAAGAGACGCUGCAGUAUUUACAACAGAAUGCGAAAGAGAGAGCGGAGCUCGUGGCCUCUGCGGCAGCCAGCAGCACUACCAGCUUCAACGUCCCCGCCACAGCCUCCAAGAUCUCCAUGCAGGAGCUCGAGGAGCUGAGGAAGCAGCUCGGCAGUGUGGCCACGGGCUCCACGCUGCAACAGUCUCUGGAACUUACCAGAAAGAUGCUUCGAGACAAGCAGAGCAAAAAAAAUUCAGGCCAGCACCUCCCUGUCUUCCCAGCAUGGGUAUAUGAGAGACCUACACUGGUUGGGGAUUUCCUGAUUGGCUCAGGUUUGAGCACAGACAUGGCUUUGCCGAUAGGCACGCUGCCCCUGGCCUCCCAGGAGUUGGCUGUGGUGGAGGACCUGCUGUACGUGCUGGUGGGCGUGGAUGGCAGAUACAUCACUGCUCAGCCCCUGACUGGGAGGCAGAGCCGGACCUUCCUCGUGGACCCCAACCUGGACCUGUCCAUCAGGGAACUGGUGGGCAGAAUCCUCCCUGUGGCUGCCAGCUACUCCACUGUGACCAGGUUCAUUGAGGAGAAGUCUUCCUUCGAGUAUGGGCAGGUGAACCACGCCUUGGCAGCUGCCAUGAGAACCCUGCUAAAGGAGUAUCUGAUCCUUGUCACACAGCUUGAGCAGCUGCACAGGCAGGGCCUCCUGUCGCUACAGAAGCUCUGGUUCUACAUCCAGCCAGCCAUGCGCACCGUGGACAUCCUGGCCUCGCUUGCCACCUCAGUGGAUAAAGGCGAGUGUCUGGGGGGGUCGACGCUGAGCCUUCUCCAUGACAGGAGCUUCAACUACACAGGCGACAGCCAGGCGCAGGAGCUAUGCCUGUAUCUGACCAAGGCGGCCAGCGCACCCUACUUUGAGGUUCUGGAGAAGUGGAUCUACAGAGGGAUCAUUGACGACCCAUACAGUGAGUUUAUGGUCGAGGAGCACGAGCUGCGGAAAGAGAAGAUCCAGGAGGACUACAAUGACAAGUACUGGGACCAGAGGUACACUGUCGUCCAGCAGCAGAUCCCAUCCUUCCUGCAGAAGGUGGCGGACAAGAUCCUCAGCACAGGGAAAUAUCUGAAUGUGGUCAGAGAGUGUGGCCGCGAUGUCACCUGCCCCGUGGCCAAAGAGAUCAUCUACACACUAAAGGAGCGGGCGUAUGUGGAGCAGAUCGAGAAGGCCUUUAAUUAUGCCAGCAGGGUGCUGCUGGACUUCCUGAUGGAGGAGAAGGAGCUGUUGGCGCACUUGAGGUCCAUCAAGCGCUACUUCUUGAUGGACCAGGGUGACUUCUUCGUGCACUUCAUGGACCUCACCGAUGAGGAGCUCAGGAAGUCGGUGGAGGACAUCGCACCCACCCGCCUGGAGGCCCUGCUGGAGCUGGCGCUGCGCAUGAGCACCGCCAACACAGACCCCUUCAAGGACGACCUCAAGAUUGACCUGAUGCCUCACGACCUCAUCACCCAGCUUUUGCGAGUUCUGGCCAUCGAGACCAAGCAGGAGAAGGCGAUGACCCAGGCCGACCCCACUGAGCUCUCGCUGAGCGGCCUGGAGGCCUUCUCUUUCGACUACAUCGUCAAGUGGCCCCUGUCACUGAUCAUCAACAGGAAGGCCCUGACCCGCUACCAGAUGCUCUUCCGGCACAUGUUUUACUGCAAGCAUGUGGAGCGGCAGCUGUGCAGCGUCUGGACCAGCAGCAAGACUGCCAAGCAGCGCUCGCGGCACUCUGCAAAGUGGUUUGCCGGGGCCUUCACCCUGCGACAGCGGAUGCUGAACUUUGUCCAGAACAUUCAGUACUACAUGAUGUUUGAAGUGAUGGAGCCAACCUGGCACAUCCUGGAGAAGAACCUGAAGUCCGCCUCCAACAUUGAUGAUGUCCUUGGCCACCACACGAGCUUCCUGGACAACUGCCUGAAGGACUGCAUGCUGACCAACCCCGAGCUGCUGAAGGUCUUCUCCAAGCUCAUGUCCGUGUGUGUCAUGUUCACCAACUGCAUGCAGAAAUUCGCGCAGAGCAUGAAGUUAGACAGUGAACUGGCCCAGCCGACACUGGAGCACGGCACGAUGCUGGGGCCGCCCACAGAGGCCGAACGGGCCGAGGAGCGUUCCCGGAAGGAGCUCAGUAGGAAGUACCUGGCAGAGAACGCGGAUGCACCUCAGCUGGUGUCCAGCUUCGAGGCGACCAUCAGCAGGUUUGACAAGAACUUCUCCAGCCAUCUGCUGGACCUGCUAGCGCAGCUGAGUGUCUACAGCACCAGUGACUGUGAACACGGCAUGGCCAGUGUCAUCUCCAGGCUCGACUUCAACGGCUUCUACACGGAGCGCCUGGAGCGCCUGUCUGCAGAGAGGAGCCAGAAGGUGGGCCCCCCAUUGCCCAGCCUGCGGGGUCCCCCGGCACCAGCAGCCAGGGUGGCCGUUACCGCGCAGUGAGCCCUCAGCUGGGCUUGAGGAAGCGCGGGGACAAGCAGGUGCUACAGUGUGAAUGAAUCAGGAUUUUUAUGUCAAAUAUUCCUGGAAUACAUGUGUUGUAUAUGUUGUGACUGUUUCAGUGUAAUACAAAACCUGAAUUACCAUCUUGGCUUGGCUCAUUGGGUUUCAUCGUAUAGAAGCUGCCCAGACAAGAGCUAUGUCUCUGUAGAUUUGCUUAUGUUUGCUUUUAAAGGUUGAACUGUAACUUUUUUUUGGUGUUUUUGAUCUCAAAUAAAGACAAAGUGAAAACAC